CACGCAGAGUAGUACGAUUCUCGUUGAAAUUGUACAUCUUUAAUCGUAGUAACCGUCAACACAAUGUACGGCCAUUUAAUAUUUGCAAUUUCAAUAAUUGUGACUGUACACAAUGGACCGAGGGCAAGGGCCAUGCCACCGGCGACGUCUGUGCCGCUGACACGGCACCAAUUACAGCUGAUCGUCGGUGUUUAUCAAAAAGAGCAUUGGCGCGAUUUGUGGUUUAGCUCGGUGUACGACGGCGAAGAAUGGGAGGUCGUAAGUCGUUUGUCCAACCCGGCGUGUAGACCCGGACCGUGGAAGAAGCUGCGCUUGAUGCCUCGGAUAAUGGGAUGCAUGUACGGGGCAAAACUGCAUUGGUUUCUGUCGCUGGCCAUCCGCGUUAUUGACGAGUGUACGCGUUUGUCGCAACACCAUCAUGACAGCACCGGCCAUUGUUGGAACACACUCGGGCAAUGUCUGCGGAAAUGUUCCGAUACUGUUUUGUACGUGAUGCGCUCGUUGGCGUACAUCUAUGCCACUAUCGGUUACGAUACCGACUUGGAUGGGUUUUACGCACAUUUGUCGACGAUCAGAAAUUUCCUCGGCCAACAUAGCGUCGCGGAAUGCACUGUCGUGCUGCCGGACGGCCUCAAUUACUUCCAGCUGGUGGAAACACUUAUCGCUAACUUGGAGACGUUCUUGUCUUCUGGCUGCCGACCGGAGCACCCGCCGUUGAACAUCGACGAAUCAACGAACGAACAUCAAACGCGAUUUCCCCUAGCCAACAGGUACGAUUACUAUGCCCACAACAUGGAAUACUACUUGAAAGAACAUAGACACGAUGACAUUGACGUUGCAGCAACACCAGUACAAUAUUACCUUUACAUUACAUUAGUCUUGAUGUACACGCGGAUUUGGUAGAGGAUUUUGAUUUUAUACACACAAAUAGUAACCAUUUAAUAGAUGUUUUUAAUUGUUCCGUGUUUAAUAUGUUAUAACUUUAUUAUGUGUAAUAAUAAUUGUUUUUUUUUUUCAUUAAAUGAUUUUAUAAAAUACAUAAUAAAAGUUAUACCAAAAUAAAUAAUAUACCAAAAUGGG